UCAACGGGCGAUAAAGGCCGCUGCAGCGGGAGGAGGCGGGGUGGCAGGCGGGCCAUGGACGAUGGGGCUGGGACGUCGGAAUGGCGGGCUGCACGACGGGCACUGCACAGAUGACGACAUAACAACACGAAGAAACAAACACAAUGAGAACAUCCUCCGCUGAUUGUGCGGCUGUUGUUGUCUUGCGUUGUGUUGUGAUCGGUUGCUCCCCGUGCUGGUACGGCAUGUGCUGUGCCCCUUGUGGCCGCACAUAGAUGUCUGUCGGGGCGGCAGUCUCCUUUGGCGGCGGAGGCGGGGGCGAUUUGAUGGUAGUGCUGGUACGGCAUGUGCUGUGCCCCUUGUGGCCGCACAUAGAUGUCUGUCGGGGCGGCAGUCUCCUUUGGCGGCGGAGGCGGGGGCGAUUUGAUGGUACUGGGGGGUGCCGAUUUCAGCCAUGGGUGGCCGAGGAGCUGCGAGCAGAGACGAACAACACCGACAUGAGGGCGCAUGGCCGAUUGAUUGUGUGUUUGUUUGUGUCUUGCUCACCUCUUUUGUCGUAGAAUUCCCGUGGAACAGCUUGUGAAUGAAGUCGGUGAGCUCCUCGGGGGGCUGGUGCAGCAGCUGGGACGCCAGGAUCGAAGACACCUCAGAUGGUGUCUGAACAAGCAGAGACGCAGCCACGCCCUGGUUGUGUCGCUGAUAGGCUGUGUGCGAUGAUUGCCUGGCUUACGAUUAGAUCGGCGAUGUACGCCGCAAUGUGCUCCUGUAUUCCUAGCGCCGCCAGCAGCACCUCCCCUGAGCGAGAGAGACGAGACAGACAGAGCAAAACGAUAUGAUGCCUGCGGGUUGGCUGUGUGUGUGUCUCGUCCGUGCCGGUCUUCUGCACGUCCUACACUGCCCCCGAGGCCUGCCGUCAACCCAGCAGCACACAGCAGACAUGCAUGGAUGGUGGUCGGAUUGUGCUAUCCCCCCACCUAACUUACCGACACAUCAUCGAUGUCCAGGUGGUCCAGGUCGAUGAGCACCGCACGGUCGUCACACACGAUGAUGUUGUCGGCCUUGACGUCACCGUGGAAGUGUCGCGAACAACACGCUUGGCGCCGGCCUCCCCCAGGCGGCCAAAAUUCCACACGGUGCGCUCUGUACAAAUGGACACAUAGAGUCAGAAGGGGGAUGAGAAUGUAUGCUUGUGGUGCGGUGCGGUGCGGUGCGGUCAAGUGCGUUUCUCACCCUGGAGGAACUCCAUUACGUACACUGUCCGCCCGCAGGUGUUGAAUGAGAAGUAGUGCCGGGCGAUGUGCGGACAGUGCUGGAGUCCUCGUUGCCGGUACAUGGAGAAGGUGGGCCGGGCGUACAUCUGCAGAAACAUUAACAGCAUGACACGCACAGGGGUGUGUGCAUGAUCUGUUCUUAUAUAUCUGUGUGGUAUGCGUACCCCUCCCAGUGAGUGGUCCGCUUCAAGGACCUUGAUGGCGUAAUCCCCUGCCCGACACACCUUCCCUUGCCGCCCGCUGCCCAACGCGCCCUCCUUCCUUAGGCCGUAUCUGUAGAACAGAUACUCCUGCAGAGCGGAGACAAACAGGCAGGCAGGCAGACAGACAGAAUCUGCUGUGGCGGCGUAGCUCCGUCUUUGAAGACCUACCUCCGCGCUCCUCGCGGCCGCCUGCGCCUCCCAAUCCUGCAAUGACACACACAGAGAGAGAAGGUACCACCAGUGAGACCAUGCAGCUGGAGAGUCUGACGGCAUGAGUCUUUCUACUAGAGUUUAGCAGAAAGACUGACCUGCUCCGCCGACUUGAGCUGGUGACGGGCGGUGAGGACCUCCUUCAGCUCCUCUGCCGUGUCGUUGUCAAUGGCGGCCCUGAUCAUCGCCUCCUCCUCGGCGACGAACUCUUCAAGAGACGGCAGCGGCGAGAACUGAUCCUCAUCUUUCUUGAUGGGCGCAUAGACGUGGAUUCUCUCCAUGGCGCCUGUCAU